CGAUCUAUCGUCUCUGGAACAUUCAAUUGACCAUGUUAGAGUGAAGCUGUUCUCUACUCGCUCGCUUUCUCUUCCUUUUUCUUUUUCCUAUACAAAAUGGCUGCUAAACGGGUGGUAAUCGCAGGGGGUAACGGCUUUCUGGGUUCGAGAAUCUGCAAGUCUGCCGUCGCUAGGGGCUGGUCUGUUACUUCGCUCAGUCGCUCGGGCGAACCGCGAUGGGAUACCGUCACAGGCUCGGCCAUUCGUCCGAGCUGGGCAAGCUCUGUUGAGUGGGCCAGAGCCGAUAUCCUCAAGCCCGAGACAUACAAACCCUUCUUGCAAGGUGCCGCGGCCGUUAUCCACAGCAUGGGUAUACUACUCGAGGCGGAUUACAAAGGUGUGGUGCAGGGAAGGGAGCCAAUCUUCAACGGCUUGCAAAAAGUCUUCGGCGCAUCAAGGCCUGGCAGUCAGAAUCUUCCGGAGAGACGAGAGGAGGGGGAGCCACUUGAGGCCAGGGACCGCAGCAGACAAUUCACAUACGAACUCAUGAAUAGGGAUUCUGCUAUCGCACUCGCCCAGGAGACGCGCCAUGAGCGUGUCCCUACCUUCGUAUACAUUUCUGCUGCGUCAGGAGCACCGGUUCUUCCCAGUCGCUAUAUAACAACCAAAAGGGAGGCGGAAUCGAUCAUAGCGGCGCAGCUACCAGAACUACGCAACGUGUUCGUGCAGGCACCCUUCAUGUACGAUGAGAGCAGGAAGUUCACUUUGCCAAUCGCCCUGGGUGGCUUUGUCGGUUCCCAAGUCAAUGCUCUGCUGGGAAACAAGCUUGAUUUCCUUGGCUCUAUGGUGACCAAGCCACUCAAGGUGGACGAAGUUGGUGAGGCAGUAGUAGAGGCACUCGAAGACGAGUCAGUCCGCGGAGCCCUGGGUGUACAAAUGAUCGAAGCACUAGCAACGAAGGCUUGGAGGAAAAGCAUGCUUUAAGCAUUAUUUCGGCGUUACUUUGAUACGCUAGCAUGUUGCUGCUAAGCUGAUUCCUUGAGUAGAUUUGCUAAGAUAACCACAGAACGACAAAAAGCCCCCUGUGCACUAAACGUACUUGAUUUUAAGAAGGUAAGGUCCCAGACGCCG